AAGAAUGCACCAGCUUCAAUGUACCCUGUCGGUUGUUGUAGCAACCGUCUUUGGGCGCGAUAGUGCGAAUGUAGUAUCUCGCAGACGUGUUUUGGAAGUAAUAGUAGCUGACUUAAAUAUUUGUUGCGAUAGGUUUUCUAUUUUUUAUUAGUUAAAAUAACGUCGCAUUUAUUUCCGCAUCAUAUUUCUGCAUAAUCGCCGUCUGUUUGUGUUUAUGGUGGCUCAGUAUGUCGGCUGUCAGCAGCCUCGUCCCUGCGCGGUUCUUGACCAUUAUUGCUCACCUUGUCAUCGUUAUCACAAUCUUUUGGUCGAGGGACCACAACGUGAAGGCUUGCUUGCCUUUGGAAUUCACGCAAGAGCAGUAUGACAAUGAAGACCGGAAGUUGGUGGUGGCGUUGGCAGUGACCCUCGGCCUGUUUGCCAUAGAGCUGGUUGGGUUCUUCUCAGGAGUGUCCAUGUUCAACAGCAGCCAAGGUCUCCUGUCACUGGCUGUCCACUGCGGCGCGUCCGUAUCCUUGUCUUUCUUUGUGUUUGAGGAGUGGGAAUGCUGGACAUAUUGGGUGAUAUUUGCCAUCUGCAGUGUGCUUCCUGCUUUUGUGGAGAUUCUUCUGUUUAUCGCGGUUUUUGGACUGAAGAAGAAGCCUUUGUGAAAGACGGUGCUGAUGUGAAAUGCAAAGGUUUAGUGUGGACGUGAGAAGAACGCUACCGGUUGCUCAACUGAGCAAUCGGUACCAACAGAUGCUGCGGAAUGUCUGUGGUUCGUUACUGAGAUACAGAAGAAUGGACGGGACAAACUUAUGUUCAACUACUCUAUUACGUGCAGACACUACACCUAUUUUCUUCUGUUAUUCCAGUCUGUCGCCAAAUAAAUAAUUAUCAUAUUAUUAUAAUCUCAAAUACAUGUUGUAAAAAAUAUUUCCCAAA